AUGGCCAAAAGAGAUUUUGAAAAAAAGUUUGAUGUUAAAAUUGAACCAGCAGGAUUAUUUAUACACAAUAAACUCAAUUAUUUAGCCGCAAGUCCCGAUGGACUAAUAGGCAAAGACGCAAUAGUUGAAAUUAAGUGCCCUCAAAGUAUAAAGGAGUAUACACCGGAAGAAGCUAUUUUCGUCAUGACUGAAACGGAAAUUACAUUACGAUGGCCAUUCUUAAACGAUUACUUUGAACAAUUAGAAAGCAAAGAUAAUGGGCCAAAUGUAUAUUUCAAGUGCAUUUUAUGCAAACUGAAAAAUAAAAAGAUUUCUACUUCCCAAACAUCCAACUCAAAUUUAAGAACACAUAUUAAACUUGUACAUCACAAUCAUUUAAAUGCAUUCAAUAUAUGCACCAAAAAAAGAUCGAAUGAAGAUUUUUCUGUUCAAGAAUCAAAAAAGCAGCUAAAACUUUGUGAAGUAGGCAAAGUUCGUUCAAAAAAAUUAAGUCAAGCUGAAUUUGACAAUGCUAAUUUACAGCUCAUAAUUAGUACUGUAUCUCCGUAUUCUUUAGUUGAACAUCCAGCUUUUAUUAAGUAUUGUCAAAUAACAUCAAACAAAGUUCCAGUCUCGAGAAGAACCCUAAUGCACAAUGUGGGGUCCAUGUAUAACCAGAUGAUACAACAAAUGAAGGCUGAUUUUGUAAAUAUUAAUUAUGUUUGUAUAACUGCAGACUGUUGGAGUAUAUUUCAUAUAUCAUAUAUUGGCUUUACGGUGCAUUGGAUUGAGCCUAGCACACUGGAGCGCAAUUCUAAAGCCCUUGCAUGCAGACGCAUGAUCGGGCAUCAUUCAUAUGAUAACAUUGCUGAAUGCAUUGAUAAGGUGCUUAAUGAAUUUAAUAUUCAAAAUAAAACAACCCUUGUUGUUACAGACAAUGCUGCAAAUUUUGUUAAAGUGUUCAUUAAUGAAAAUGAAACUGAAACUGAUCAUACAGUUAAUGAAAUUGAUGCCACAGAAACAGUAGAAUUGGAUAUUGAUCCAACAAACAUUGAAAUGAUAGAAUUAACAGAUGUUUUGGAAUCACUAAACAUAGAAAAGUCUUUGGAUUUCUCAUUGCCUCCCAUCAAAGGUGUGCAGCUCACGCCUUUAAUUUGA